CCCGUGUCCGCCCCCCCCCCGGUCUGUCUCCAUGUUGACGACCUGAAUCUGUUGCUGCAGUUAGUUGCUCACAGUUUCUCUCGCAGAACAAAGUUUGACAGAAGCGAAGAUGUCGAGUGUCUCCUACCACGUGUCCAACCUGUUGGAGAAGAUGACGUCGACUGACAAAGACUUCAGGUUCAUGGCCACGAACGACCUGAUGCUGGAGCUGCAGAAGGACAGCAUCAAGCUGGACGAGGACAGCGAGAGGAAGGUGGUGACCAUGCUGCUCAAACUGCUGGAGGACAAGAACGGAGAGGUUCAGAACCUGGCGGUGAAAUGCCUGGCGCCUCUGGUGAGGAAGGUGAAGGAGCCUCAGCUGGAGACGAUGGUGGACACGCUGUGCUCCAACAUGGUGUCGGACAAGGAGCAGCUCCGAGACAUCUCCAGUAUGGGAGUGAAGACGCUGAUCGCCGAGCUGCCGCUGUCUUCAGCAGGUUUGAGUCUGACGGUCAGUGUGUGUAAGAGGAUCACCUCCCAGCUGAUCGGGGCCAUGGGCAAACAGGAGGACGUGUCGGUCCAGUUGGAGGCUCUGGACAUCCUGUCCGAGAUGCUGGGAAGGCUCAGUGGUGCACUGGUCAGUUUCCACAGCUCGCUGCUCCACAGUCUCCUGCCUCAGCUGACCAGCCCCAGAAUGGCGGUGAGGAAACGCUCCAUCUUGGCUCUGGGCCACCUGGUGCCCUGCUGUAGCUCCGCCCUCUUCUCCCAGCUCACCGAACACCUGCUGACGGAGUUGGCCAAGGCUCCGCCCACGUCUCUGACCAGGACGUACAUCCAGUGCCUCGCUACGAUCAGUCGUCAGGGCGCCCACCGAGUCGGCGAACAUUUAGAGAAACUGAUCCCUGUGGUCGUUAAGUUCACCGGCGUGGAGGACGACGAGCUCAGAGAAUAUUGUUUCCAGGCCUUUGAAGCCUUCAUACGCAGGUGUCCAAAGGAGAUGUCGCCCCAUGUUGCCACGGUGACAAAGCUUUGUCUGAAGUUCAUGACCUUUGACCCCAACUACAACUAUGACGACGAGCAGGACGAGGAAGAUGACAUGGACGUGGAGGAUGUGCUCGAUGAAGAGUCAGACGACGAGUACAGCGACGACGACGACAUGAGCUGGAAGGUGCGACGCUCCUCCGUCAAGUGUCUGGAGGCGUUGAUCGAGUCUCGCCGCGACCUCCUGCUCUCCUUCUACGCCUCGCUCUGCCCCGCGCUGCUCGCCAGGUUCAAGGAGCGCGAGGAGAACGUGAGGGCCGACGUCUUCGCGGCCUUCUCCACGCUGCUGAGACAAACCAGGGCGGCGUCGGGUCACCGCGGCCUCGUCGUCCCCGCGGCGCCGUCGCAUUCGGACCCGAGGUCGGUCGACGUGGAGGAGGAGGAGGAGCCGGCGGUCGCCAUGUUGAAGAAACAGGUGCCUCUCAUAGUGAAGGCUCUCCACCGGCAGCUGAAGCAGAAGAGCGUUCGUUCUCGUCAGGGCUGCUUCUGUCUGCUCACUGAACUCACUCACUCUGUCCCUGGAGGACUGGAGACGCACAUACCUGCUCUGAUACCAGGUAUAGUCUUCUCCCUGACAGACAAGUCCACCUCCUCCACCAUGAGGAUCGACGCUCUCUCCUUCUUCCACGUCCUCCUCCUCUCUCACCCUCCUCAGGCCUUUCAGCCUCACCUGCAGGUGCUGCUGCCCCCGGUGGUCGCCUGUGUGGACGACACGUUCUACAAAAUCACGUCGGAGGCUCUGCUGGUCACUCAGCAGCUGGUCAGAGUGAUGAGGCCGCACGGGCAGAACGCCGCCGCCGGGUUCGACCCCAGACCGUUCGUCAGGGAGGUGUUUUCUGCGACGCUGAAGAGGCUCAAAGCGACGGACAUCGACCAGGAAGUGAAAGAGAGGGCCAUCACCUGUAUGGGUCACAUGGUGUGUCACCUCGGCGACCACAUGGGGGCGGAGCUGCAGGGGGUUCUGGCGAUCUUUCUGGAGAGGCUAAAGAACGAGAUCACGAGACUGACGGCUGUUCGGACGUUCACACUCGUCGCCGCUUCUCCGAUAAAGGCGGACCUGUCGUCCGUCCUGCCCGAGGCUCUGUCCGUGUUGGGCUCGUUCCUGAGGAAGAACCAGCGGGCGCUGAAGCUCGGCUCGCUGGCGUGUCUCACCGCCCUCGUCACUCAUCACGCCGCCGGCAUCAAACCCGCGGCUCUGGAGCCGGUGCUCAGUGAACUUCCCGCCCUGGUGGACGAAGACGACAUGCACGUGUCUCAGGUGUCCGUGGCCCUGUUGACCGUCAUGGCCGCCGUCUGCCCCUCCUCUCUGGCGAAGAUCAGCUCCUCGGUGCUGCCCGGCGUCUUUAGACUCGUCCACUCUCCGCUGCUGCAGGGCGGCGCUCUGGCGGCCAUCUUGGACUUCAUAAAGGCGCUGGUCGGGUCCAAGACCAGCAGCAUGGGCUACAGUCAGCUGCUGAGGUCUCUCACCGAGCCGUUUCACAGUUCUCCGUCCUCGGACGGCGUCGUCGUCCACAGACAGUCGUAUCGCUCUGUCGCUCGCUGUGUGGCGGCUCUGACGUCCGCCUGCCCCAAAGAGACGCCGGCCACCGUGUCCGGCCUCAUACAGGAAGUGAAGAACCCCGGCUCUCCGGAGUCGGCUCGUGUCCUGGCUCUGCUGAGUCUGGGGGAGGUGGGGAGGAGCGGCAGCCUGGGAGGGAGCCGGGAGGUGCAGGCCGUCAUCCUGGAGGCCUUCACCUCCAGCAGUGAGGAGGUGAAGACGGCAGCCUCCUGCGCGCUGGGCGGCCUCGCCGUCGGCAGCCUGAGCGACUACCUGCCCUUCCUGCUGAAGGAGAUCUGCACGCAGCCGCGGAGACAAUACCUGCUGCUGCACUCGCUCAAAGAAGUCAUCAGUGCCUGUCCCGCCUGUGGUCUCUCGCCCCAUAUGGAGUCUAUCUGGUCUCUGCUGGUCCAGAGCUGCGAGUGUCCGGAGGAAGGAACCAGGAACCUCGUGGCUGAAUGUCUGGGGAAGCUGACGUCACUCGAGCCCGCGCAGCUGCUCCCUCGACUCAAACAGCAGCUUAAAGCCGGUUCCCCUCUGGCUCGCAGCACAGUGGUGACAGCGAUCAAGUUCACUAUCGUUGAACAACCAGCUCCCAUCGACUCACUGCUGAAGGACUGCAUCGGCGACUUCCUGAAGACGCUGCAGGACAAAGACGUGAACGUGCGUCGCGUCGCCUUGGUGAUGUUCAACUCGGCCGCCCACAACAAGCCGUGUCUGAUCCGCGGCCUCCUGGGGUCGGUGCUGCCUCACCUGUACCAGGAGACCCGCGUCAGGAAGGACCUCAUCAGGGAAGUGGAGAUGGGUCCGUUCAAACACACCGUGGACGACGGUCUGGACGUGCGUAAAGCGGCGUUCGAGUGUAUGUACACGCUGCUGGACGGCUGCCUGGAGGGGCUGGACGUCCUGCAAUUCCUGGAUCACGUAGAGGAAGGACUCAAAGACCACUACGACAUCCGGAUGCUGACCUUCCUGAUGCUGGCCCGACUCGUGUCUCUGUGUCCAGCUGCUGUUCUUCAGAGACUGGACAGACUGGUGGAGCCACUUAAAGCCACCUGCACCACCAAGGUGAAGGCCGGUUCAGUGAAGCAGGAGUUUGAGAAGCAGGACGAGCUGAGGCGCUCUGCCAUGCGUGCCGUCGCCGCCCUGCUGGCCGUGCCCGACGUGGAACGGAGCCCCAGCAUGGCCGAGUUCGCCAACCAGAUCAGAACCAACGCCGACAUGGCGUCGAUCUACCAGAGCGUCCAGGGCGGCGAGGCCGGGGAGAGCAUGGACAUGAGCUAGACGCUGGACGAUGGAAGAGACGUUUCUUUAUGAUGUGUUUUUUUAUAGACUUAGAUACAGAAGAUAAAAGAAAAGCACUGUUGACAUUUUAUAUUUUCCAAAUCAAGCCUGGGCUUUUCAGUCUGAAUUUCCUCUCGAAAAAAGAAAAAAGGGUCAAGAGAAGUCGACAAGUUCAGAUGAAAUAAAAUGGACCGGCAGUG